AUGGACAUUUUUGCCAUCCGUCGAAAACGGAAAGAGGCCAGCCACCACGAAAUCGAGAUCAAGCUCCCUUCUGAAAUGUCCAGUCUGGCGCAAAUAAACGAAAACGACAAAAUUUCUUUACCACCCACGCAUCCGACCAACCUCCAACACAAAGACAUGGUCGUCGGAUUUGAACAAGCUGUUGACGAUGUCGGCGAUGAACCACCGUUUUCCAAUUCCGGGGACCCUCUGCUAGGAGGGGACAUCAAUAGUCAUCCAAAGGGCAGUGUAGGUCCCCAGCCACCAAGCCUAAUUCCGAACCACUGGUACGAGAAACGGCCCGUCGUGUCUCCUAAGCCUGUCUACCACAUCCCAAAAAUCAAGUCACCUUCCACGAAAACCACCAAUCAAGGCCGUCAGCGAAUCCCUCAAACUCAACCGACAACCUUGGGUUCUGUGUGGCAAUCAGACGCGAAUCUCAUCCACGAAUCUCAGAAUUUACAGUACAAGGCCAAACUUGGCAAGUGUGGAGGCGACUCUGCAAAAUCUCUGGACGAAUCCACUGCUUUCCCGUAUCACCAACACCAACCGCAGCCUCGCUUAAAUCAGCAACCUAAAACCCAGCAAACAGUCCAUGCAAAAGGCUUCCGUCAACAGCAACACCACUACCAACAGCAGCCAUCUAUUCUGCGUCAGAAAACAGACAGCACGGACACCGCAGAUUCUUCCCAGAGGACUCGCAUGCUCAAGUGUCGAAUGACCACGGAGAAUCCGCGAACGCGUUCUCUCGUCGCAUCGCGCUUUCGUCUUUAUGAUAGCCAUGAUUUUAUAGAGAAUGGUAGCAGUAGCAGCAGUGGUAGUAGUAACAGUCCGGCAUCUUGCUUGUCUUCCUCUUCUUCAUGCACCUCCAGCACAACUUGUGCACACCAAAAUACAAGGGAUAACGGAGGUUAUGAAAAUCUUGUGACCUAUGGCUUGAGAAUCAAUGCCUUCCGCAGCAUGCCUGAUAUGAAUAGAGCUUUGCGCACCACUGGUUUCCCGGGCAGCUCAUACCAACCUACCAUGAGCUGUGGUCACAAGGACUGUCGCGAUUAUUACCGCCUACAAGCACUUAGAUCUGAAAUCAACAAAAACCCAGGAAGAAGACGACUGAUGGCAGAGAAACCGGCGUUGUUCCGAGAUAGGGAGAUCGAGUUAACACCUUCCUCUGAAGGCGAGCAGAACGAAGGCAGCGGCAUUGAUAAAAACUCUGCUGAAAUACAGAUCAAGGUGCCUAAUCCCCUUGCCUACGAUGCUUACUCAGUCCAUGGACUUAGUGAUGCCAUUAGCGUGGCAUCCUCCAAGGAAGGAGGAAGUGUCAGCGAGGACUCCCAGUCCGCUUUAAGUGAGAGCCCUCGACGUGGCGCGUAUUUGCCCAACCUCGCCCCCAUGCCCCCGAGACCGCCUUCGCGAAUCAGCAACAACAGCACGUCCCUGCAUCGUAUCCCCUCCGUCUCAAAACGCCUCGGUUCUCCCGAGGUGUCCAGGUCCAAGCUGCGAGCUCCGACCAGCAGUUCGAACCACCCAGUGGCCCCCAACCUCCUGGUCUACGAGUAUGAGGCCUAG